CAAUGGAUGACCCUCCUCCUCCUCCUCCUCCUGCGGGGGAUUUGCAGUGCCUCUCCUGGCUCACCUCCGUGGACGUCCCACGUCUACAGAGCAGGACCCGACCAACACACACAGGUCGCCUGCUGUCCUCCUCUCUGCCGCAAAGCAUCCUGGGACUCAGCGCUGUCAGCCGCUAUGCGCCGCUCUUCCCUCCGCCGCCAUCUUGCCAGGAGCAGCAGGCCUUCGCCAUGGCGCAACAGUGUCCCCCGCAGGCCGCCAUGUACAGCCAUUCCUCCUAUGCGCUGCAGCAGCAGCAGACACCGUAUGCGCCUCCGCACAUUGCGCCACUCAACAACAACGCCCAGGAAAUGCACCCCAAGCAUUACCCCAAACCCAUAUAUUCCUACAGUUGCUUGAUCGCAAUGGCGCUGAAGAACAGCCAGACGGGCAGCCUCCCCGUGAGCGAGAUCUACAGCUUCAUGAAGGAGCACUUCCCCUACUUCAAGACGGCGCCCGACGGAUGGAAGAACUCGGUGCGGCACAACCUCUCGCUCAACAAGUGCUUCACGAAGGUGGAGAGCAAGGCCUCCUCCUCCUCCUCCUCUUCCUCGCGCAAGGGCUGCCUCUGGGCCCUGAACCCGGCCAAGAUCGGGAAGAUGGAGGAGGAGAUGCAGAAGUGGAAGCGGAAGGACCUCCCCGCCAUCCACAGGAGCAUGGCCAACCCAGAAGAGCUGGACAAGCUGAUCACAGACCGGCCAGAGAACUGCAGGAGGAAGCCCGCCGAGGGCGAAGCCGCCCGGAACAUUGUGUCACGACCCACACAACAGCCUCCACCACAACCAGUGAUGGCGCUGCCCUUGCCCCCACUGUCCUUGCACCACCAGGUCCAGGCCCAGUCCUGCAUGGCGCCCGACUCUCCGGCCCCCGCGCAGACCCCACCACUACAUGCCCUGCACAGCAUGGGGCACGGCAGCCCCCUCCCCACACCCAUGAUGCCACCACCACCACCACCACCGACACAUGGGGUCCUCCUCCGUGGCCCCGACUUCCUCAGCGCCGUCAUGGCCGACAUGGACGCCGAGGUGGACGCCCUGGACCCCAGCAUCAUGGACUUUGCCCUCCAAGGAAACAUCUGGGACGAGAUCAAGGACGAGAGCUUCAACCUGGACAGCCUGGGGGCCUUCAGCCACUCUCCGCUGCCCGACUGCAACAUGGCCUCCACCACCGGACUGAACCCGGCCUGCGGAGGAAGUGACCACUCCUUUUCGGACUUGCAAAUGACCGGCCUCUAUGCCACGUAUGCCACGCUGGACGCUGCCGUCUCUUCUGCGCCCUACCUGGGUGCCCAAGGCAACAAGCCCAUCACCCUCCAUUGA